AGAAAGAAGCUGUGUAUUGACUUAAGAGUUAAUGAAUGGAUGACUAGAGGCUGUGGAGGGAGCAGCGCCUUGGAAACAGGCCUCCUUUCCCAGGAAGGGAGCACAGGGGACAAAAGAGAGGGGGACACAAAAUGAAAAUUGCGUGUUUGCCGAGACCCCAACAAGUGUGGAGGGGUAAGCGGAGGUGGGUCUUGAAGAAUUUCAUGUAGUGUUACGGCCAGUAACAUGUACUUGACAAGGAGCCACGGGGAAAACGGGAGAAGCAGCUGUUAGAGGAGGAGAGUGAGACAAAGAAGGAGCAAGUGGGGGCUGUCCUUACUUGCUCUCCUUGGCGUGGGAGGGGGCACAGCAACGGAUUAAAGAGAAGCCCCAGUCAUUUCAUGUUGGCUGUGUGCAUGUGUGAGAGGCAAAAAAAAAGAGCAGUCUUGCUUCGCCUUCCACUCCAGCCAUCAUGCACUGUAGGGGGAGGGCUUUUCUUCUUCCCUGGAUCCCUGCGCUCCUGGCGGGGUUCCUGGCGACCGGCUCGGAGUUCAGGCAUCACCGUUACGAGGACAUGGUGAGAGCUUUGUUCGCCGUGCACAACCAGUGCCCCUAUAUCACGCGCAUCUACAGCGUGGGCCGCAGCGUGGAGGCGCGCCACCUCUACGUGCUGGAGUUCAGCGAUAACCCGGGCAUCCACGAGGCGCUGGAACCUGAGUUCAAGUAUGUGGGUAACAUGCACGGUAACGAGGUGCUGGGCCGUGAGCUGCUCAUCAAGUUAUCACAGUUUCUGUGCGAGGAAUUCCAGGCCGGAAACCAACGGAUAAUGAGGCUGAUCUAUGACACACGCAUCCAUAUCAUGCCCUCAAUGAACCCUGAUGGGUAUGAGGUUGCUGCCAGACAGGGACCGGAGUUAAACGGCUACCUGGUUGGUCGAGGCAAUGCUCGGGAAAUUGACCUGAACCGCAACUUUCCGGACCUGAAUGCGCUCAUGUAUUACUAUGAAAAAACUAACGGACGGAACCACCAUCUUCCGCUGCCCGACAACUGGGAACAACAGGUGGAACCAGAGACUCGUGCAGUCAUAAAAUGGAUGCAAAACCACAACUUUGUUCUAUCCGCCAACCUCCACGGUGGAGCUGUGGUGGCUAACUACCCCUUCGACAAAUCGCGGGACGCCCGAAUUCGAGGGAGGACCACAUAUGCUGCUACCCCAGACGACAAAAUCUUCAGAAACUUGGCGAAAACUUACUCGUACGCACACAGCUGGAUGCACAACGGUUGGAAUUGUGGAGACUACUUUGACGAGGGCAUCACCAAUGGGGCCAGCUGGUACUCGCUGUCUAAAGGCAUGCAAGACUUCAAUUACUUAUACACCAAUUGUUUUGAGAUCACACUCGAACUAAGCUGUGACAAGUUUCCACCUGAGUCUUCACUUCCCCGAGAGUGGCUCGGAAAUCGAGAGGCGCUGGUAUCGUUCAUAGAACAGGUGCAUCAUGGGAUAAAAGGUAUGGUGUUGGAUGACAACAACAAUCCUAUCAAGAAUGCUGAGAUCUCAGUAUCAGGCAUCAACCAUGAUGUGACCAGUGGGGUUCAAGGCGACUAUUUCCGACUCUUGUUGCCUGGCACAUACACGGUGACAGCCUCCGCUCCAGGUUACACUGUCUCCUCCAGCACUAUCACAGUGGGACCAGCUGAAGCCACACAGCAUAAUUUUUACUUGAAAAAGGCACCAAAACAAAACGUGAAAACGAAGCAGCACCACGGCAGGAGGAACCUGUCAUCUCCCAAGUCCGCCUUAAAACUGGGCCCAAGAUGAGGCUUCAUUUUUUGGGGGGAGCACUCACACAGAGACAAGCUGUAUAAUACACAUGAAAAUAGAAAUUAAGGAUUAUAUCAUGUGACAUUUGUAGCCCUGUGAUUUUGUUUGUUUGUUAAUGUGCGUCUUUAUUAAAUAAUUAUUCCAGGAAUGCUGUAUUUAUGUAACAGUUGUUAGGUUUUGUGUUGGUUUUCUCCUAGUGUGACUUGUACCUGUGAUUGCCCAUUGAUUUCACCUGUUGUACCUGCUCCUAGUGUAUCCUCCAAUCUGCGUCCUCCUGUG